GCGCGGGGCGGGCGGUCGCUGCGCACCUCGGCCGCCCUGCGCGGCUCCAGGAACCUGCUCAAGAAAAUGCUCCGCAAAACCAAAAAGAAGUUCUGUAAUGACAGUCCAGCCGUGGAGUCUAAAGUGGUGUUUAAACCAACCACGCUGGCCUCUGGAAUGAAAGUUGACCAGAUAAAAUUCAGGAAAGAAGAUAACGUACGCUGCAGAGUCUUGAAUAACCUCAUUUAUAAAGCUGUGACAGAGAUGAUGAGUACCUGCGAAAUUAAUCAAGAACUUUAUAACCUCAAGCUAGAAAUCUGCAAGGUGUCCAUGGCAUCGAGGUUCUCAGCAUGUCGUAUUUACUGGAACCCUUUGUCCACCACGGAAGAAGAAAGCUAUGUUGAAAGUGUGCUGCAGAAGAGUGCUCCACGUAUACGGUAUCUUCUGAUGAGUCAGCAGAUUAUAGGAAAUGUGCCACCAAUAGUAUUUCUAAAAGACAAAGAAGCAGCAGCUUUAAAAAAGAUUGACGAAUUAUUGUCAAUUGCUGAUUUUGGACCGCCAGAAGAAGAAAACUUGCCUCUAAAUGAUUCCAGUAAAGCAGACUCUUCAGCAACAGAAUCUUCAGAUUCGUUCGUCCGGUCUAAUCUUUUUGGUAUUGAUCAUGAACUGCUGAAUAAGCAGAUAAUGGAGUACAAAAGGCUGAAAGUGCCGAAAGAGCCGGAAGGCAUCGCCUGGAUGGAACAGCAGGAGCAGCAGCUGUCUGUGAUUCAGAAGAAAAAGAAAAAGAAGAAAACCAGGAAAGCCCCUGACGAUGACAUUACCCCACAGAAGUACUUACUGGACAAGUACGAGGCUGAGUGCUUGGAUGAGAGCACUCAGCCUGGCUCUGACUAUGAGCUGGAGCAGGAGCUGCAGGAGGAGCUAAGCAAACUGGGGGCAGAGGAUGGCGAAACCGAAAGCCACCCUACGGUUCAACCGAAGUGA